UCCUGGGAGCAGCACCGACCCUGCCCGGUGUGCCCGGAGCGCCAUGGACGGAACGCGGAGCCUCCCCCGGCUGCUGCCGCUGCUGGCCCUGACCCUGCCCCCAAUUUUGGGUGUCCAAGUCCAGCACAGCAUCAUCCAGACCGAGUUCUACCAGAAGUCGCUGGACCCCGAGUUCGACAGCGCCGAGUUCAUGUUCGACUUCGACGGCGACGAGAUCUUCCACGUGGAGCGCGAGGAGACCGUGUGGCGCCUGCCCGAGUUCCAGCAGUUCGCCUCCUUCGAGGCGCAGGGCGCGCUGCAGAACAUCGCCAUCGACAAGCAGAACCUCGAGAGCUCCAUGAAGGCCUACAACAGGUCCAGGACCGACAGCGUGCCCCCGGAGGUGGCCGUGUUCCCCAAGCACCCGGUGGAGCAGGACGAGCCCAACGUCCUCAUCUGCUCGGUGACCAAGUUCUGGCCGCCGGUGCUGGGCCUGGCCUGGUUCCGCAAUGGUGCCCGGGUCACCGAGGGCGUGCAGGAGACGCCGUUCUACCCCGACCGCGACUUCACCUUCCGCAAGUUCUCCUACCUGACCUUCAUCCCCCAGCCCGGCGACUACUACGACUGCAAGGUGGAGCACGAGGGGCUGGCGGCGCCCAGCAAGACGCACUGGGAACCCCAAAUCCAGGAGCCCAAGUCCGAGGCCACGGAGACGGCGAUCUGUGCCCUGGGCCUGGCCGUGGGCAUCGUGGGCAUCGCCGCCGGCACCGUCCUCAUCAUCCGCGGCAUGAAGCUCGGCCGCGCCCGCGCCGAGCGCGGCAUGCUCUGAGAAACCCAAAACCCCACGGAAUUGCC